AUGGGAGGCCUUCGCAGCCACCAUAAACGCCGCUGGAUACCAUUGAGACGGCGAGGCCGGUGGGCGGGGCAGGGGGGGGGGAAUUUGAGGGGUGCACACACACAGUCCCCCGGGGGCAGAUGCAGAUUGGUGGCUUCAGCCCAAAAAUGCGGCUCACCACCUCGCAGACACGAGCCACCGCCCGCCGAAAGCCAACGGACGAACUCGCGGGUGGUUGGUUGUUCGCGUGUUGCUGCCAAAACCGGCCAGUCCAACAUUUGCCUGUGCAACCACACCGAACAGCAGCAGCAUCACCACACAUCAACCACCACCACCACCACUGGCGGCAGCACCACCAGGAUCAACACCCCACCUGGGGCCUUAAAUAACGCACCGCACCACAUCCUCCCUCAGACAUACUCCCUCCAUGUCCAUAGCUCUCCCCAAACUGCAAUCCACGCUGACAUGCCCCGCCGCCGCCGCCGCCGCCUCCACUUCCCCCUCCCUUUUCCCCUCCCCAAACUCCGCCAUGUCUCCCGCAACCUGCAGACCCUGCGCUCGUUCCCGCUCGCUGAAGUCUCCGGCGCCCUUGGCGACCUGGGCACCUUCCUCCCCCUCCUCACCGCCCUGGCCGUAAACGACACCAUCUCCUUGCCCGCCAGUCUCCUCUUCUCCGGCCUCUACAACAUCUUCACAGGCCUCUACUUCGGCAUCCCACUGCCCGUCCAGCCCAUGAAAGCCAUCGCCGCCGUCGCCAUCGCCAAGCACUUCUCGCCAGGCCAGAUCGCCGCCGCUGGCAUCUUUGUGGGCGCCGUUGUCCUGCUGUUCAGCGUGACGGGCCUGCUGGAGUGGUUUGCGCGCGUGGUGCCCACGCCCGUCGUCAAGGGGAUACAGGUUGGCGCGGGGCUGUCGUUAGUUAUCUCUGCAGGGUCGAGUUUGAGGGGCCACCUGGGUUGGAUCGGGCCCAGCUGGGCGGAUAAUUACAUCUGGAUGAUCGUCGCGCUGGUCGUGCUGGCGCUGACGACGGUCUAUGACCGUGUCCCCUACGCUCUCAUUGUGUUCCUGGUUGGCAUUGUGUUUGCGUUUGUCUCGCUGGCCCUGUCACACCAUGGACUUCCGUCCUUCGGUAUCUGGCAUCCGCGCUUCUCCAUCCCUGUUGGCCAUGAGUGGCGUGUCGGCAUCAUCGAUGCGGGCAUCGGACAGCUCCCGCUGACGACGCUGAAUUCUAUCGUCGCCGUCGUCUAUCUGGCGGCUGAUCUGUUGCCGGAGGUCGAGACGCCGUCCACCACCGCCAUCGGGCUUAGUGUGGCCGCCAUGAAUCUGCUCGGGUGCUGGUUCGGCGCGAUGCCCGUGUGCCAUGGCUCCGGCGGCCUGGCGGCCCAGUUUCGAUUCGGAGCCCGCAGCGGGUCGAGCAUCAUCCUCCUCGGCUCCUUCAAGCUGAUUGUCGGACUGUUCUUUGGCAACACGCUUGUGGGGCUGCUGCGGCAGUUCCCCACCGCGUUUCUGGGCGUCAUGGUUAUUGCCGCUGGAUUGGAGCUGGCGAGCGUGGGGGAGAGUUUGAAUACCGCCCGCGCGUGGGAUUUGUCCAAGCAUGCACGGUUGGCCGGGACAAAUGUUCUCAGCAACGAAGAGAAGAAGCGAAGGUGGACAGUCAUGAUGGGUACGAUCGGGAUGCUGGUUGCUUUUAUGAACGAUGGGAUUGGGUUUUUGGCGGGCAUGGUUUGUCACUGGACGUAUAUGAUUCCCGGCUUGGUGGAGAGGGUCCAGGAGGAAUUUUCGGAGGGCAGUAUUAGGCUUCCUGUAAGCUGGCGUCGUUGA